GGUAGUUUUUGAAUCGGCUGUAAUCGGAUAUUGUUCUUUAAAUGAUUAUCCUUUUAAACUAAAAAUGUAAAUAAUAUUAUGUCAAUAUAACCCCCCCCCAAAAAAAUCAAUAUCAUGUGUAUGAUUUAUUUUACGUUGAAUCAUUCACAAAAGAAGAAGUUAGUAUUUUUCUAGUAGCUAUUCGGAAUAUAAUCCAGCAUAAAAAAAAAUCAUCAAAGGUAGGGAUUAACCUCAACUAGAAUUUUCGCAUAAUACAUCCAGGACAUACAUCACUUAAAUGAUCAAAAGAGCAGAAUGUUACAUUUUGUUGCCUUCAUUGCGAUUACUGCUACUGCCAGGCAUCCUUUUAGCUUUUCCCGACUGUGGUUUUCAUACUAUCAUAGGAAAUGGUACCAUUUCUACACCAAACUUCCCUAAACCUUACCCAGUACCCAUCAACUGCCAAUGGAUUGUGGAAGCGCCUCCUAACAUGAAAAUUGCAGUCUAUUUCACCCAGUUCUACAUGAAAAGUGGACUAAGAGCUACAGAGUUUGAUCACUACAUCAGGGACCUAAAGAUCGGAAUAAGGAGAUUUGAUUUUGGUAUCAUAAGUUCUACUCAUGAACCAACAUAUCUAAUCACAAACAAGAGAUUUCUGGUGUUGGAUAUGAGAAUAACGACAUUAGAAAAUGUUCAUUUACGGGUGAGACAACAUCUGAUGGACGCCUUCGGUUUCAAUAUAACCUAUGAAAUAAUACCAAAGAAGCAGAGAGUACGGAAGGAUCCUUGUAUUUACCAUCAUUGUUCUUUUACUGGAUAUUGCUAUGCUUCAUCUAAUUUCGAAGCCUACAACUGCCAUUGUUUUGAAGGUUACUUUGGGAAGGAAUGCCAAUAUGAUAAUUAUUGCGGGCCUACGUCCACGCAGAAAAUAUGUUUCAAUGGAGGCACAUGCAGAUAUUACAUAGGAUCUUCUGUCCGAACGUGUGAAUGCCCUCAUGGGUAUGAAGGUGUGAAAUGUGAAAAGAAAGUUGCUAACAAGACAGAAGUUAUACAGAAUCCAAAUUUCAGUCUCAAAUGCGAAGAGAAUCUUUAUGCAUCAAUACCCGGAUAUAUAACAAUUUAUCCAAGAAGCCGUAAAUGUCAUCAAACAGGUAUAAUUUUAUAUUACUACUACGCUUUGUGUGAAUAUUUUUAAAUAAGCUC